UAGAUCUAGCUUCUUCUCUUUGCACAGGUAUCUCUAUUCUUGAGGACACAUUAUUUGGGCAUUUCGCAGUCGUGCAAAACUUUUGCGCGACACUCGGCACUGGAUCUUUCCUCACUCGAACACCCACCCCAAAGCAAAAGCAACGGCCAAGCCAUCAAAAUUCAGGCAUUGUCUCAGAGCGGAGAAGGUGGCAUCACAAGCACCUCCCUUCCCUGCGGAAACAAAUCCAACAAUCCAACAUCACAUUGACAAUUUAGGAGACGAUGGUGGAUAUUGCAGAAGACAUGCCCAUGGGUUCUUGGGCUCCCUUGCCGAACGAAGCAGAUUCAAAGCCAACUCCCGCGGUGAAUCCAGCAGAACAAGAACCCAGCAAUGCCGAGGCGACAGACACCCCUGAUGAUGAAGCUGCCAAUAACCCGCCUCCAUCCCCAGCAAUAGUAUCGGAGGGAAAGGAAGAUGAAGACGAUGCCAACACGGUCAGUACAGAAGAAGAAAGUGCCACUGCUCCAGAAGCCGAUGAGGAAGCCAAGGAAUCGGAACACGGCGACGAGGACAAGACCAAAAAUGCGGACUCUGCUGCUGCUGCAGUGGGUCAAGUGCAAGAAUCAGUGGUCGAACGCAAGCAAGUUACUCUCAUGGAUCACAAGGGCCGACAAGGUGUCUACACCGGACGAGUUAUCCUCAUUCAGAAAAUUCAAGAUAAUACUAUUCCAGACAAUGACAAUGACAAUGACAAUGACAAGCAAGAAUUAAUGAUGCCAGACGGACACGGAACCAUGGAAUACAAAGUUGAUAGCAAUACUGACAACGCCAGCAACAACAAUAAUAACCAGCCCACUUCCCCCGUCGCCACCUACACGGGCCACUGGCAACGCGGCGCUUGGCACGGUCAAGGACAAGCCACCAUGGUCAAUGGCGAUACGUAUGCCGGAGAACAUCAGCAUGGCACGCGACAUGGAUCGGGAACGUAUCAGUGGAAAGAUGGGCGAACGUAUGCUGGCAGUUUCUGUCGCGAUAAUCGACAUGGGCAAGGAACCUACACGUGGCCUUGUGGAGCCGUCUACAGCGGAGAAUAUCAUCAUGGUGUGCGACAGGGAUAUGGCAAGUACUUGGAGCCUACCGAAGGCAUUAGUUUCAUGGGCGAUUGGAAACAGGGAUCCUAUCAUGGAUACGGGGUUUUGACGUCGACCAUUCUCACUGAAGACGAAAAAGACAACCAGACCAACAAAGGAAUUUCCACCGAUCUACCCAAACGCAUCUACCGAGGGAAUUUCGUCAAGGGACAGGCUCAUGGACAUGGAGUCGAAGUUAAUCCAGACGGAACCAUUCGGCACGAUGGAGAAUGGAAAAAUGGAACUCCUCUGGAUCGCAAUGGCAAUCCCCUCCCCGACUCGGAAGAAGAGGAAGAAGAACCCCCAAAACAACCAGAAUUGCUCGUGGUGCAAAAUCAAGUCAAUGUCCGCGACGCCAAUGGCCUGCAAGGAACGUAUCGUGGCAUCCUCCACGUUGCCACGGGAUUGCCACACGGAAGUGGAACACUCACCUAUGGCAAAUACCAAAAAAGUCCCCAUCAAGAUGAUCUGCUGGAAGAAUACGAAGGAUGCUUUGACAUGGGACAGUACCACGGACGAGGACGCUUGCGAUGGAAGAACGGCGAUGGUUAUGACGGAGAAUAUGUGCAAGGAAAGCGACACGGGCAGGGAACCUACAAGUGGCAUGAUGGUCGACAUUACAAGGGCGAAUUCCAAGAUGACAUGCGACAUGGUUUUGGGAAAUUCGUUUACGGACAGAACCAAAAUGCUGAUUGGUACGAAGGAAGCUUCGUGAAGGGUCGACGCGAGGGCCAGGGUCGCUUCGUUUUCUCCGACGGUGCGGUGUACGAUGGGGGGUGGAAGGAAGGACUCUAUCAUGGACAAGGAACACUCAUCAGCGCCGCCAAAAACAGCAAAAACAAGGCUGGCGGCAAAACAACCUACACGGGAGGCUUUGAACGAGGAUUGGCCCACGGACAGGGAAAGGAAACCGCUCCGGAUGGUACUGUUGUCUACGAGGGAAACUGGAUCAAUGGGGAUCCCGAACCCGAAGCCAAGCGAAAGGCUGCCAAACUUGAAGCUCAAGAACAACAGUAUCAAGCCGUCAUGGGACGCCCUUCUGAUCAGGAAUCCACUUCGUCCAGGGGCGGACCACGCCAACCCGAAUGUGAAGCCGUAGUCGACCGAGAAGUCGUCGAUGCAGAAGGAAAUACUGGACAAUACACAGGCCUCGUUUUGUUUGGAACCAACAAACCACAUGGUGUUGGACGCAUGGUGUAUCUAGAUGGCCGACGCAUCCACGAGGGAUUCUGGAAGAACGGAAUGAAAGAUGGACACGGACGAUGCCUUUUCGUGGAACAAGGAGAUUUCCACGAAGGAGAAUACAAGAACAAUGUGCGACAUGGUCCAGGAACGUACAAAUGGGCCGACGGAAGAGUCUUUAAGGGACAUUACCGCAAUGAUCUGAGAAACGGCCACGGCAUCUUCAGUUACCCUCACGGAGAACGAUAUGAAGGAAACUUCACAAAUGGAGAGAAAGACGGACACGGCCGAAUUGAAUUUCCCGGUGGCUAUUAUGAAGGAUCAUGGGAGCAAGGCCGUUGGCAUGGGCGGGGCGUUUUGUCCAAGCCGGACGGCGUCCGAGAAGGAAUCUUUCGAGAUGGAGAUUACGUUGGCAAAGCCAUAUGCGACGUUCAUCAUGCAGCCGAUGACAAAGACACCAAAACACAGGAUGACGAUGUCGACUCGGUAGACUUGAACGAUGGUCCCAGCGGCGACGCAGAUCCGGUUGAACCGAAAGCGGAAUGCCCCGAAAAAAGCUAGAGUGAGCAGCGCAGGUGGCGUCGCCUUGUUUUGUUGCCGUCGUAACCAGCGGCGAAGACAGCCAGCCACAGACAGGAAAAGCCGAUCGAAAGACAACAAGCAGAUAGAAUCAGCAACAAACUAUUAGACAAGCACCUAUAAACUGGUCGGUUUGAUUGUCUUUGCGGAACCGGUAGUUUAAGAAACACACCUCUGUUCUGUCGGUUGCUUCCCCACCAUCUCUCUUUCCAGAGCUCGUGUCCUUUGUCCAUCAAUGGACCCAACAGAGACUUCCACUGCUAGUACAUCUAAGCAUCGUACGUGAAGUUUAUGCAUACGUCCAACGGAGACUCCCAAUCGGUACUCACAGCAGGCCAACACCACCUCACACAUCAUGCUACUCUCCUGGUCCACACUAUGUACCCACUCUGCUCGCAUCGCCCAAAGAAUCCAACGCAGCUCUCUAUUAAUUAACCGACAUAUCCCAUCACUGUACGUUCUCCGCUACGAUUGGACAAGAGGUGUAUUACUAGCAAGUCUCUGGUACAGCUUUUGAGGCGUAAUAUUUGCUCGGCAACUUGCCGAUCAAAUGACGACUUUGAAUGGCCCUUGUUGCAUUUCAGCGUAAUGACGAAAAAUGUAUCGGACCGAACGACUCCAAGAUCAAUGGCGUCCAGUAGGAUGUCCACUUGAUGUUCGAUCUGAUGCAAGCACAUGUCUGAAACCCAAAUGUCAACGCCACUACGAGGCAACUCCAUCAAUGAGAGCGCGUCUUCCACUUUAAUGGGUAAGUGCCUCACUGCUGGAUGUGAGAGAAGACUAGGAUCCAGCCUCCCUGGAUCAAUGCUGUAGAUUUUGGAGCAGGACAAAGUGGAGUGGGAAUCGUUGUCCAACAAGUACUGUGUCCAUCCUCCAGGUGCUGCACCGCAGUCAAUUGCAAUCUUCCCGCUGCCUGUUGGGAGCAAAUACUUGCGGCUAUAUCGAUAGAAAGCUUCUUGCAACUUGUAAUAGGCUCUGCAGAUUUCAUGGUCAACUGCUUGCAUGGGAUUGCCACUGUCACGUUUCCGUUGUUGGUCCGUUCUAGAAUCACUCUUUUCGGACAACCCUGUCAAAUAAAGUCCACCCCGUCCGUCGACGCAAUCAUCACGGCUCCACAGCUGCACAGCUGUUAGAGAAUGCGUAUAUUGUGUUGGUGACAACCUGGAGCACAAAGAGCUGUACUUUUUGGCGUUUCGAGCAGCAUCUCUUUGGAGCUCGGCUAAAACUUCGGUCUGUAGUGUCGGAGGGAAAACUUCCAUGCGCAAGAUGGGCUCUUUGUCGUCAGUGUCCUGGUCGCUCGCGUUUACCAGAUUGAGGACUAUGUUUGUCCAAUGCUGGAGGAUAUCCGAGACCCCACCACUUAGGACGCAAUCGGGGUCCACCGAGUAUACCUUAUUCAGGCCUGUCAGGGGAAACGACAGCUUGUAAUCGAGCCAAUCCACAAUUUGAUGGAUGGAUAUGCCCUCCAGCAGCAAAAGUGACACAGCAGAGGAUGGAUCGCGGACUAUUUGGACUGAUAGAUUCGUAGGAGCAACACUGGGAGGCAAUGCUGCAGUGUCAGGACCGCCCGUAUCUGCAAGGAACUCACAAAUUCUCUCGUCGUGUGAUCGGUGAACUUGUAGUACAACCGUCGUCGAACGUGCCAAGGCUAGACGGCGCUCAAAUUCACGAGCCUUCUCCACUCCACCUGGGCCAAGUUUCUUUUGAAGCUUGGAGUUUUCCGUUCCAUCAUCAUGAUUAUUGUUGCCGGUGGAAGGUUUGAUGUUUUGAUACAACAAUGGGGUGUUCGUGCGGUGUUCAAUGGCGGUUUGAGCGUCUUCGCAGCGAUCAAAGGUAACAAAAGCGUACGGGUUUGAGGAAUCCUCUUUUACCACCGUUAUCUGGGACACUUUUCCAUAGUCCCUCUCCAAGCUUUGACGCAAUGCUUCCUGAUUCAAUGGUUUUUUGAGACCACCAACAAAAACAGUGCUUAUGUCGGAUGGAAGGGGGUUUACUGUCGUGUGAGACGUGCCAGUUUUCAAGAGGGAGAAUCCAUCUAUAUAUCGUAAAACCAACGACACCAAUAGACAAGACAGCCUCAGAUUCAUCGGCAACGGUGACUGGGGAAAGGAGACGAGGAUCCCAUGGACCCACCUCGGAAGUACUAGUACUCCUUUGGUUGAUGGUUGGUCGACCUCAUGAGAAGUAAGCCAUCAGAGAUGCUAAUCAGAGCGAACGUCCCUCGCAGACUUCACGAGCCCCCCUACUGAGCUCCCCACUCACUGGGCAUUGAGCGCUGGGGGUCUUCAUUCAUCAUCUAGAUAGCAUGCAGUUGUCAUUUUCCUCGCUGGAUGGAUCAGAAGGUUGACACCCUUUACCCUGGUUGUCACUUUUUGGAGGCCACAAACCGGCAGAGGGCUCGUUUGAGCAUCCAGAAGCUCGAUGGGCUGGCAUUGAGUUCGAUGUUCAUCUUGUAUGGGUACCUUCGUUUCUUGUGCACAUGCCUGUCAGGUGUGCUGUGUGGCGCCAUACAGUCGUAUCAUGCAGCUCUGCUGUUGAUUAGCGACCUACUAGCCACUGUACAUGCACUGUGGAAGUACUUCCAAAUUCCUUUAUUUCACUUGGCUCUAAACAAAUACAUGUACCUACUAGAUUGUAUAAACCUGCACUGGCUCUUUGUUGACAGAAAACGUCUUUUUGAUGGCACCAUCAACCAAGAUAUACCAAACUUGUCCUUCAUAGGAGUUGACAGCAUGGGGAGCAUCUCCAUCACCAAGUCUCCCCCAGUAUUGAUCCUCAUAGUAUAGCUCUGCAUUUUCAAAUGUAGGGUCGCUUCCACUGUUUUGAAAUGUCACAUGUUUCUUGGGAGGAACAUCAGAAGGUACUGUUGGUACUUCACCCUUGUCUCUCUUCUCAGCCAAGCGCUUUUCAUUCAUGGGGGCACCUGCAAAUCCAGCUCGCUGUAGAUUUCAUGAUUCAAUGGAAGG